AUGGAAGCAGAAAACCUAACAGGUGUAGCAGAAUUCUUCCUCCUGGGCCUCUCAGAGAAUCCAGAAAUGCAGCCCCUUCUCUUUGGAAUAUUCCUGACCAUGUACCUGAUCACUGUGACUGGGAACCUGCUCAUCAUCCUGGCCAUCAGCUCAGACACCCACCUUCACACCCCAAUGUACUUCUUUCUCUCCAACCUGUCCUUCACUGACAUCUGUUUCAGCAGCACCACCGUCAUCAAGAUGCUGGUGAACAUUCAGACACACACCAAAUCCAUCAGUUACACAGGCUGCCUUACCCAGCUCUGGUUUGUCAUGGUUUUUCAGUGUUGGGAAAACUGUCUCCUUGCUGUAAUGGCCUAUGAUCGGUAUGUGGCCAUUUGUCACCCACUGAGGUACACAGUCAUCAUGAACAUCCAGCUCUGUGGUCUGUUGAUUCUGCUCUCUUUGUUCCUUAGCAUUCUGAAUGCCCUGCUCCAUGGUCUGUUGGUGUUGUGUCUAUCUUUCUGUACAGACCUGGAAAUUCCCCAGUUUUUCUGUGAACAUGCUCAGGUCCUCAAGCUUGCCUGUUCUGAUAUCCUCCUGAAUACUGUCAUUCUCUAUUUUAUGAUGAGUGUUUUAGGUGGUGGACCACUCUUUUGGAUUAUUUAUUCUUACAUCAAAAUUGUCUCUUCCAUCCUGAAAAUGCCAUCAAAACAUGGGAUGUAUAAAGCUUUUUCUACCUGUGGAUCUCACUUAUCUGUAGUUGCCUUGUUCUAUGGGACCAGUUUUGGGGUAUAUUUCAGCUCCCUGGCUAGUUUUUCUGCUAGAAAUAGUGUAGUAGCAUCAGUGAUGUACAGUGUGGUUACACCCAUGCUGAACCCUUUCAUCUACAGUCUGAGGAACAAUGACAUGAUGGGUGCUUUGAGGAAACUCAUCUCUAGAGCAUCUUCCUUAACCUAA